AUGAAAUUUUUACAAUUAUGUACAAUUUUCCUUAUUAUUGGCUGCUCGUUAGUGCAGAUCCAAUCUCUACCAAUUGAGGAACAACACCAUCAAGUUGCCGUUUUAUUACCGGAAUAUAUUCAAGCCGAUUUACCUGCGUCCACAGACAAUCCUGAAGAGUCCAUUGUCGCUGCUGUUCCCCUGACUUUACUAGAUGUCGAAGAUGCUGACAAAUCAUCUGUUGAUGCCAGCGAAGCGGCUGAAAGAAGUGCUCGUGGUUUAGGUUUGGGUGGCUUUGGCGGUCUCGGUGGUCUAGGUGGCAAAUUCGGUGGCCUAGGGUUGGGUUUCAAAAGCUUCGGCGGUCUCGGUGGUUUUGGCUUUGGCGGUCUACAUGGUUUAGGUUUCGGCGGCUUUAAGCCCUUCUUUGGCAAACAUUUUGGUUAA